AGUUCUUUUAAUACAGGAAAUGUUUGUUAUAUAUAAACUUAUUUUAAUUUUUAAUAUCUAUAUUUGUCUAAAAAUCUAUGACUAUUGCAGCUUUAUUCAUCUUUGUAGGGUAGUUGUAAAUUCUUUAACAUUUUCUGAGCGGUGUAAGAGUGUAGCACUAAUGACCUCUUAUUUUUAAUUCUUAAGUUAAAAAUUUCAAGACCGGUCAGAGUACGCCAGAAACAUUAACAUUUAUGUACGAAAUCACUUAAAAUGCGGUUAAAUCCACGCAUACUGUCGUCGGCGGCUGUUUUAGCGAUAACCUGUGUUGUGUCUGCGGCCGCUUAUUAUUACAAAAGCAGAAACACUGAGAUAAAUGAAGUCAUGAUAUUUUGUAAAUUGCAAUAUAACGCUUUUAAUUAUUUCGACAAGCUGAUUAGUUACGUAGAGUCUGCUAAGAACAGUGUGAACGUCUGUAUGCCAGGAAUACACAAUCCAGCCAUCCAGGGUCGACUUGUUCAGAUUCUGAAGACGAAGAAAAUUACAGUUCGCAUAAUAAUAGACCGAGCUGGAUACAACGAAUCAACAGAAUUCCUUUUGAAGGACCUUAUUGAUGCUGGCGCAAAAAUUAGAUAUAAAAUGAGCGAGCAUGUACACAGGAUGCAACACAAGUUUUGCCUAGUUGAUGACAGGGUACUCAUGACUGGAACUCUUAAUUGGGGUGAUGACCGCUCUUCUGACCAUUGGAACUAUGUAUACAUAACUACAAAGACACAAUUGGUUGAGCCAGUGAAGAGUGGGUUCUAUCAAAUGUGGAAUGAAUACUCAAGUGAUAUGGAUAUCAACACCCAAUCUAGUCAUAAAGAUUUGGAAACUUCAAUCACUCAAGACUUAUUAAGUACUGAAAGUGUUGAAAUAAGUACUGAAAUUCAAAUGCUUAGAGAAACUCAAACUACACCCGAAAUAUUUAUAAUGUAAUUACCCCAUAUAAUUAAUGAAAUUGAAAUAACUCCCAAUUGUUUUCAAUUGUUUAAUUAAUACUAUAAUCAAGUUGUAAUUUUAUGCAAAAGACUCUUUAAUCAAAUGAAUUUAUUAUUAAUAUUUAUAAAUAGACCUUAAAAAUGUUUUAAUAUAAAUAAUUCUAGUAAUGGUGCUUUGCAAAGCUGGCCUUUGCUUAAUUUAUCUAAUUUGCUAAUACCUUUUCUAUUUAAUACAAUUCACUUAGGAUGUAACUACUUUUUAAUAGAGAAAAGUAUUUCUUCAUUCUUUACUCAAUAUAUUCUUGUUUUUCAACUUUUUCUUUAUGGUUCUUAUUUUAAACUGAAUGUUUUGACGGUCAGCUUUGUCUAAAUUAUAGAUAUAUGUUUAAUUAUGUUAUG